AUGGCCGAUGCGAACAUGUACGCGCAGCAGCCACCGCCCUUGGCGGCGGGAGCGCCGGAACCCGUCGUCUUCCUGACGAUGGAGCUGGAAAUCGCCCGUGUCUCGCCAGCCUUUGCCGAUGCCGUUGGAAUUCCCGGCGUGAGGGGUCGGUCCCUCUUGGACAUUGUGUUGUCCUCGGAGCGCGACAAGAUCCAGAACCACCAGCGAAGCAUGCAGGACGAGCGGUCGAGAAAGGACCCCGUGUACCUGCCUCCCAUCUUUGGCAGGCAGGAGCAGGAGCGCGUGUUUGACUCUCUGCGGUUCGAGGCUGACGAGCUCUCGCGGUUCCAGCUGGAUCGCCAAGACUUCUUCAUUUUCGCUGCGGCCGACGGGCAACCGCGGUCGUAUUCCGUCCGACUGGGUCUUGCGAAGCGGGAGUCGAUUUACUUCAUCGUCCUGCUCAUCAACGCGGCACCCAGGUUUCCCUACCCCUCGCCGUCGCCCCAUGCCAGAGAGAUGCCGUAUUCGUACCAGCCUCAACAACAACCUCAGCAACAGGCGUAUGCGCAGCACACGCCGGUCUCGGCGACGUUUGAGCAGGCGAGACCUCGCUUCGGCGAGGGCGCACUCGCGCCGCGCCCGUCCCCCGGACAACCCCCGCACAUGAUAUCCGGUGUAAGCCCGGGCGUCAGUCCCGGCAUGCCGUCGUAUUCCGCGUCGCCAAGCCGGCCCGACUACGCCGCCGGCCCUUCGUCGUAUCAGAUUCCUCGCAGUGAGUUGCCGCCGACCACUCGGCCCCCGCAGCCCUCGUUCCAGCUGCCGCCCAUCCGUGCCGGCCCACAUCAGCCGCCCCAUUCCGAGCCCUCGUGGCAAAGGGACGACCGAUCUGGCCGCGUCGAUAUCGGUGGUCUGCUCGAAAAGCCGGACCCGCACCAGCGGCGUCCGCAAUGA